CUCACCUCCUUUCUCUCGAGUUAUCUUCUCCAAUGGCAGCUGUCAAUCUCUAUCUUCUCUCUAAAACACCCAAAACCCACUUCAGACCUAUAGUCGCUCCGGUCUUAUUCACCUCCUAUCGACUCCCCGUACCCGUCCCAUUUCGCCGCUCAGCCGCGCGGCGGUCGAACCACAGUGCUCAUCGGAAUCUGGUCCGGGCCGCCGGCGAUGGCAGGAGGAGCAGCGGCGGUAGCAAUGAAGAGAGAGAGACGAUAAUGCUACCAGGCUGUGACUAUAACCACUGGCUGAUAGUGAUGGAGUUCCCUAAAGACCCUGCACCCACCAGGGAGCAAAUGAUUGACACCUACCUCAACACUCUCGCCACUGUCCUUGGAAGUAUGGAAGAGGCAAAGAAGAACAUGUAUGCUUUUAGUACCACCACUUACACUGGAUUCCAGUGCACUGUAUCUGAAGAAACAUCCGAGAAAUUCAAAGGAUUGCCCGGAGUUCUAUGGGUACUGCCAGACUCAUAUAUAGAUGUUAAAAACAAGGACUAUGGAGGAGAUAAGUAUAUCAAUGGGGAGAUAAUUCCUUGCAAGUACCCUACUUAUCAACCUAAGCAAUCCAACCGAUCAAAAUAUGAGAGUAAACGGUAUGUGAGACAGAGGGAUGGUCCUCCAUCAGAACGAAGGCAGCCACGACAAGAACCAACUCCUUCAUAAUCUACCUCUUACCUGAAUGCUGACAAUAUUUUGGCAACACAGAAGCCAUUCAGAAAAUGCUGAUAUUUCCUUGUUAGCCAUUUAUUGUCAUACUUAGGGUUUAGUACUGUUCAAUGUGGUGGAGUGCUAGCUGUGUAUGCUAUAUCUCAGACCAAUGGUGAGUUCCAUCAUGAUUCCUGAGUGAUAUGCAAUGUUAAUGUAUGAGCAUGCAGCAUUGAACAAGUUUUGACUUUAAAUGAUUUAUAUGUAUCUGAACUUGUACAUCUAUUAAUAACUAUUUUUGGCACAUAUCUA